AUGCGCUCUUGGAACUGGUUGACGCUUCACAUUCGAUUCAUCCAUUUCUGUUUGGAUAAGGAAACACCCCGUCAAGAAGAAGAAGGCGCAGUACAACAAGAAGACGAACAAGAAACGGCUGCGCAAGAAGAAGAAGAAGAAGAAGAAGAAGAAGAAGGCCACGAAGCCGAAGAACAAGAAGAAGACGAAGAUUUAGACGAAAUAGAUCUUCCAGAUGGGGUUAUAUUUGAUCCAACUGACCAGGAUUUGGCCAGUCAGUAUCUUAUAAACAUGAACCUGGGCAAUCCUCUUCCCGUUUAUCCUGUGAUACCAGCCAUUCAUGCCGCACAGUUCUAUAGCAUGCCCCCUAUCGAUCUUGUGGCAAACCAGGCUCCGGCGGGUGAGAGACAGUGGUUCUUCUUUGUUAACGGCGGGGUAACGACACAAACCCGAGCCGUCGGAAAUGGUGGCGCGGCAGGCUCUUGGAGAUCAUUUGGAGACGAUUUCCUAAUUUGUGAUUCAUCCAAUGGAGAAGAAGCUAUGGGCCUCAAGAUUCUUUUCACUUACUAUUCUGGGAUACCCCAGGGAAGACCAAGGAGAACUAGUUGGAAAAUGGACGAGUAUACACUACCCCACAACAAUGGUCAAUGGGUUCUCGAGAGAAUUAGAAGUUUUAUGCAGGUGGAAGACAUUGAUUACCACGACACUUUUGCUCUUGUACCAAGAUUACCACCUUGCAUUGCUGCAAUACGCCAUUGGGAAUUACAUGAGUUAGAAAUCAACAACGCGUUCUUGCAUGGGGAUUUCCACGAGGAGGUCCAUUAG